AUGCCUCGUUUCCCAGCGAGUCUUUUCGGCCAGCGAAACAACCCGAGCCAGACCAGCAAUCCAAAACCCCCACGGGGGCCAAUCAAGAUUGCCGCUGUCGGCCACCACAGCGCAGAUGUAGCUGCCGUCUUGGACCCCUCCAAUUCAAGUUCCCCCGCGGGCUGGCAGGCGGCGACCGGCGAGCGCGGGCGUCGCGUCUGGGUCUACAGCCAGCCAGACAUCGACGUCUCGUUCGAAUUCAUCGAGGCCAGCCGCGCGCAGCUCGACGACGCCCUGCAGGGAGACGCGGUCGCCGUGCUGCUGGUUGGAAAUCUCGCCUGCUACGAUCGGCUCGUCCGGCCAGCCACGAGCUACCUCCAGGACCUGCUCGAUUGCUUCGCCGCGCUGCGGAGCAAGACUCGUCAUAUUCCAGUGGUCUUUGUCCUACGCGGGGCCGGGGACUUUCGAGCCCGGCAGCAAGAGUCGCCGAUAUAUCGCUGCUUCCCCGACGGCGGCGACUCGAUGCACGAGUCGGGCGAGGUUGCGGGCAUGAGGCUGCUCGUGGGCAAGAUAGGCACGAUCGAUGGGUCGGGUCAACAUGAAGAGGCGCUGGGGGAGACUGAGAGAGCGGAGCUAUAUCUUCACUUUGCCGAGGACCAACAGGGGGGUGCUCUGGAUAUGCGGUUCGUUGCAGCGGCAGUCAAGGAGAUUGCCCUACACGCUAUCGAGAGCACCCAGCGAUCCAAAGUCUGUUGA